UUCAUUUUUGCUCUCGAGCGAUUUUUUUUAAGGCCUAAACCCAAAUCACAUCCCCAUAUAUACAUGUGAUAAGUGAUGUCAUAUAUUCUGCUUUUGCAUUACCGUUCCCAUCGUUCUUUCUCUCAAUGUGGAUAGCAUCCUUUUACACAAGUCCUUCAGGAAUGUCCUGGCUUGUUGCAUUGCUACUAGUAGUAAAGUCCAUUUCAUUGGAUUUUCCCACAAUGUUUUACUUUCUGUGUACAAUGUUCUUCUGGUUCUGCCCAUUUCACCCUGCAUCAGUUCACUGAGGUUCUCCCAGUUCAUAUAGAAAGCCUCCAGAUCAUCAUUCCUUCCAUCACCAUCACAUACCACAAUUUGUUCAACCAUUCCCCAAUCGAGGGACACCCCCUCAUUUUCCAAUUUUUUGCCACCAUGAAGAGUGUGGCUAUGAAUAUUUUUGUACAUGUAUUAUUUCCUAUUAUCUCUUUGGGGUACAAACCCAGUAGUGGUAUGGCUGGAUCAAAGGGCAGGCAGUCUUUUAAAGCCCUUUGGGCAUAAUUCCAAAUCGCCUUCCAGAAUGGCUGGAUUAAUUUACAAAUCCACCAAAAAUGCAUUAGUGUCCCAAUUUUGCCACAUUCCCUCCAACAUUUAUUAUUUUCUUUUAUUGUCAUAUUGGCCAAUCUGCUAGGUAUGAGGUGGUAUUUUGAUUUGCAUUUCUCUAAUCAGAAGGGAUUUAGAACAAUUUUUCAUGUGCUUAUUGAUAGUUUUUAUUUCUUUAUCUGAAAAUUGCCUAUUCAUGUCCCUUGCCCAUUUAUCAAUUGGGGAAUGGCUUGAUAUUUUGUACAAUUCAUUUAACUCCUUCUAAAUUUGAGAAAUUAGACCUUUGUCAGAGAUUUUUUUUAAUAAAUUUUUUCCCCCAAUUUGUUGCUUCCCUUCUAAUUUUGGUUGCAUUGGUUUUGUUUGUACAGAAACUUUUUAAUUUAAUAUAAUCAAAAUUAUUCAUUUUACAUUUUGUAGUGUUCUCUAUCUCCUGCUUGGUGUGUAAUUUAAAUCUGUUACCCUAAAAACUAUGAUCCCCAGCAAAACUACAAUUCCCAGCACCCUACUCUCUUCCUGUUGUUACAUGCUGACACAGACAGGAGAUAAAUCCAGUGGCGUUCCAUCUCUAGGUCUCUUUUUCCUUCCUGUGGCAGCUUUGGUGGAGAGGGGAUUUUUGAGCAGGUAGAAAACUUAGUCACAUGGUUCUAUUUUGUCAGAUAAUAAACUUUAUAAAAUACUUGAAGUAUUGGACAUUAAUUUAAAUCCUACAUUUGUCUUAAAUUCCUUCCUUUCCCAUAGAUCUGACAGAUAUACUGUGCUAUGUUCACCUAAUUUGUUUAUGGUUUCCCUCUUUAUAUUUAAGUCAUUUACUCACUCUGAGUUAAUCUUGGUGUAGGGUGUAAGAUGUUGAUUGAAGCCUAAUUUCUGCCGUACUGUUUUCCAAUUCUCCCAGCACCUUUUGUCAGAUAGUGGAUUCUUGUCCCCCAAACUGGGAUCUUUGGGUCUAUCGAACACUAUCUUGCUACUGUCAUUUACUCCAUCUAUUCCAUAGAUCCACCCUUCUAUCUCUAAACCAGUACCAUAUAGUUUUGAUGAUCACUGCUUUAUAGUAUUCCACUUCAUUUUUAGAGACAAGGGAACUAAGGCAAACAGAGUUAAGUGACUUGCCCAGGGUAACACAGCUAGGAAGUGUCACCAGAUUUGAACUCUAGAAGUUAAAGACUUUCUGACUGCAAGUCCAGUUCCAUUCUGGUGCCACCCUGCUGCCCCAUUUCUGCAUAGCUGGCCUCAAUAAAUGUUAAGUUGAAUUGAGCCCAUUUCUGAAGCAGAGUUUGGUCAGACCAUAGACAAAUGAGAACAAGUGUAGGCAGGAGGAGCACCAGAGUGGGAAAGGGCUUUGAGUGGCUAGUUCAUCUCUAUCUCUGCAUCCCUUCCCUUUUAACCUAUAUUGUUUUUUGUUCAUUUGUUUAUCUAUUACCCUCCAUCUUACUCAAUACUGUGAAUUGGUUCCAAGGCAGAAGAGUGAUUCGGGUCAGGCUAUUGGGGUUAAGUGACUUGCCCAGAAGGAAAUGUCUGAGGUCAGGUUUGAACUCAGGACUUGCCAUCUCUGAGCCUGGCUCUCAUUCCACUGAGACAUCUAGCUGCCCCUACCUAGGUUUAUUCAUUUGGUACAUCCUGAGCAGGCAGUGUAGUUAGAGUGGUCUUGGAGUUGGACAGAUCUGAGUUCAAGUCAACUUGAUACACACUGGCUGUGCAAGCCUAUGCAACACACAACUUCUCGGGGCCCUAGGGCAAUUCUUUAAGACUAUAAAUUGUAUUUGCAUAAAGUGUCUGGCCUGAAGUCAGGAGGACUCAUCUUCCAGAGUUCAAAUCUGUCCUUAGACAUUCCCUAGCUGUGUGACCCUGGACAAGUCACUAAACUCUGUUUGCCUCAGUCUCCUCAUCUGGAAAAUGAGCUGGAGAAGGAAAUGGCAAACCACUCCAGUAUCUAUGCCAAGAAAUCCUCAAAUGGGAUCAUGAAUAGUCAGACCGCUGAACAACAACAAAUCUGCUGAACUGCAUUUUCAGUUUCCUCAUCAGAACUUCUACAUAACAAUAGUGAGCAUUUUAUAUAGAGCUUGAAGUAUUGCAAAGCAUUUAUAUCUAUUAUUCCAUUUGAUUGGUGCUCUUAUUAUCCCUAUUUUACAGAAGAAGAAAUGAGGCAGAUGGAGGUUAGAAACAGACUCUGAGACCAUAAUUGAACCCAGGUUUUCUUGAUUUCCAAGUCCGGGCUCUCUCCAAUGGGGCACCCAGCUAAUGAAACCAUAGGUCUGGUCUCUCAAUGCCUCUCCUUCCCUGUUUCAUCAUAUCUAUUUUUACAUGAUCCUGUUGUUUCCUUGGGAGAAACCUUGCUCUUUAAAAUAUAUUUGCUUCGAGUCUUUCCCAACUCCAGUCCAUCCUCCAUUCAGUCACUACAAUUAUUUUCCUAAAGUAGGGCUUCUCAUGUCACUCCUCAACUCAAUAAACUCUAGUGGCUCCCUAUUGCGUCCAGUAGUAGUAGUAGUAGUAGUAGUAGUAGUAGUAGUAGUAGUAGUAGUAGUAGUAGUAGUAGUAGUAGUAGUAGUGUCUCAGUAACCGAGGAUGACUAUUGUCUUUGUGUGUUUUUGUGCACAAAGACACUUGUGCAUGAAGAUUUAAGUGGAAAAGUCGAUGCACAGAGACAGUCCCAUUCUCUCGGCGUUGGAAGCCUGGGUCCAGUGGCACGAAAAGUCGUUACACCUGGAGACUUCCUCAGCUGCAUUGGAAGGCCUGCUGUCUUUUGUGCUCCAACACGCCCUGAGCACUCCACAGUGCUUUGCUGCGUCGCCCUCUCAGCCGUUGAACCUUCUUAUUGGUUUCUUCAGCCUGUUCUGCAGAAGCAGUCUUCACAUGCUGGGUGAGCAAAGCCCUAGUUCACCAGGGGUCGACGCAUUGGCUACCCUCACAAAGUUUAGCUGGCCUGUCGAAGCCGUUGCCCGGGGUGUGGCUGCUAGCAUGCUAGCAGCUACUGGGAGCCACAAGUGAGAGCUGGGUGUCAGGUGAGGGUCAGAGGCUAGAGAGCUGCCCUAGGAGGGCACGACAAGCCCUCCAUACCAGACAUACUACCCCUCCCUGAGCACCCCAAACACCCCAUUGCCUUCAGGUACAAAUAUAAAAUGCUGUUUGGCAUUGAAAGCCCUACAAAAAGAGUUACUCCUACCUUUCCAGUCUUCUUACAUCUUAUUGCCCACUAUGUACUCUCCCACCCAGUGGAAAUGGCCUCCUGGCUAUUCAAGAAUAAGAUGCUCCAUUUCUCAACCCUGCCAUUUUCUCUGGCUGUCCCAUAUGCCUAGAAUGCCUUCUCUCUCUCUCUCCUCUCCCGGUACUGACCACCCUGACUUCCUUUAAGUCCUCUAAAUUCACCUUCUCCAGGAAGGUUUCCCCAUCCCUCCUAAUGCCAAGGCCUUCCUUGUUUUCAUUAUUUCUAUUUAUCGGGCAUACUGUUUACUUCAUAUAUGUAUAUAUGAGUUUAUCCCAUUAGAGUGUAAGCUCCCUGAGAGGCAGGGAUUAUUCUUUACCAAAUCUUUUUGCAUCCCUUGCGCUUAAUAAUAUGGUGCCUGGCAUAUAAAAGGUAGGCACUUAUGUUGAUUGAUUGAUUGAGGGCAAAGAUGAGUUGUUGUUUUUUGUCUUUGAAUUCCAAGGAUUAAACAGUGCCUGGCACAUAGUACUUGUUGUUUAGUCGUGCCUGACUCUUUCAUGACCCCAUUUGAGGUUUUCUUGGCAGAGAUACUAGAGAGGUUUGCCAUUUCCUUCUCUACUUCAUUUGACUGAUGGAGAAACUGAGGCAAACUGUGUUAAGUGACUUGCUCUGGGUCAUAAAUCUAGGAAGUGUCUGAUUUCAAGGAAGUGGAGUUUUGCUGACCCACCUGUGCCUGGCACACAGUAGGGCUUCAUGAAAGCUGACUAGUACUGAUCGGAGGAGGGGACUGUUCUCUUAGUUUGUCUUGGUAUACUCGGAGCCAAGCCCCGGGCUAGGGGCUCCCUAAAUGCAAGCUUGUUGCUAGAUCGGCUGAUGUACGGCUUGUCCAGAGGUGCAGGAAGAGGAAACACUUUGGGGCUGGGGGGUGCAGUCCACUAGAAAUAGCCCCAAGUGGCUUGAAGAGGGAUCUUGGGGGUGAAGCAGUGAGUAAGAGGUAGAGACAGAGCCACCAGUCUGUUCACGAGGGAGCUUCCCGACUGAGCCCCGUGCCUCUGUGGCUCCCAUCUUGUCCCCCAGGGGGCGCUCACCUGGAUCGCGCCCGUCAGGACCCUCCCCAUGACGUCAAGAAAGUGGCCCCGGAAGUCUAACGGAAGUCAAGCUCACGUGGGCGCCGGCGCCCGGAGCUCCUAUGGCCCGCUCUCGGCGCACUGGAGCGCACCGCGCGCACUCUCUGGCCCGCCAGCUGAAGGCUAAGCGGCGGCGGCCGGACCUGGAUGAAAUUCACAGGGAUUUGAAGCCCCACAGCGCCGCCCGCCAGGCCCAGCCAGACGCCGAGCCCGACCCCGACUUGCCCGGUGGCGGCCACCAUCGCUGCUUAGCCUGCGCGAGAUACUUCAUUGAUACUGCCAGUUUGAAGAAUCAUUUGAAGUCCAAAGAUCAUAAAAAAAGACUGAAGCAGCUGAGAGUAGAACCCUACAGUCAGGAAGAAGCUGAGCGGGCAGCAGGCAUGGGCUCUUAUGUGCCCCCCAAGAGGUUGGCAGUGCCUACGGAUGUAUCCACUGAGACAUCUGAUAUGGAGGUGGCCAGCUAAUGCUGCUCAAAGGCAGAGGAAGCCAUUCUUGGAUAGCAAAGCCAGGCUGGACUGGCUGGACUAUAUUUUUCCCUCAGUGUUCAGAACAGAAACUAAUUCCUCUUUCCCAUUAAAGGAAAUGAGCUGCUCUGUC